AUGUAUCACAAGGUACAUUCGAAGCCCCUGUUGAUUGAGCAAGCCUACGACUACGGUCGCGUCUUCAAUCGGGUCAUCUGUGAUCGCCGUGGUGAUGUGCGCUUCGAGGAGGUUCCAUGUACACUAUGCUCGCCGCUGACGAGUUCUGAGUGCCACCGCAUUCAGCUCAAAAGUGCUAAAAGUGCUAAAAGUUAUUUGGCAGCGUGCGCAGGGGUAAGCUGGCCUGUGGCAGAGCUCGUCGCUGCACCGGUUCUUGGGCCCGCAAAGCGGGAGGACCUUUCUGCACGCCUAAGAACUGCUUCGCGCUUCGCCCCUGUCGCCGGGCCGGUUGUUGGCUCAGUGUACUGUAGAGCUGGGCGAGUUCCCCACGAACCUGUGGGGCCAGCAGCCAUGUCCAGCAAGUUCGCAAAACAGUACCAGGUACCACCUGAGUUUCCUGACAUUCUCAAGGACUUCACCCGAGAAGUUCUCCGCUCCCAGCCAGAGAACAUCCAUGAGUUUGCUGCCAAGUAUUUCGAAUGCUUGGCCAGCGGCCUUCCAGUUGAUGCGGGGCAGGCAACUGCAGCAGAAGAGCUAGACAUGUCGCUCGAUGAGGUCGAGGGAAUCAUCCAUGACCUCUUCAAGAAGUACGACAAGGAUGGAAGCCAAUUCCUGGACCCCGCAGAGUUUAAGUCUUUGAUGGAAGACUUGCAGCAGCGGCUGGAUUUUCCCAAGGACGAGAUACUCCUCUUCUUGGCUGAGGCGGACAUGAAUGCGGACGGAAUGAUCGAGUACGAGGAGUUUAUCCCGUUGGCCUUGCAGAUCAUCCAGGGCAUGUACGCCAAGAAGCGACUGGAGCAGCACAUCUCCGAUGUGGACCUCCAAGCGGAAGAGCUCCUCGUCCAUGGAAUGUCCAGGGAGGAGUUGACCUCCCUGGUCGGAAGCAUGUUUGAGCGCAUGGACGAGGACCGCAGUGGGCAGCUGAACAAGCAGGAAUUCGUGACGGCACUAACCUCCAUGGAACUCGGGCUGACCCGGCGAGAGAUCAAUGCCAUCAUGUUCCAGGUGGAUCAGGACCAGGAUGGCAAUGUCUCCUACAGAGAGUUUGUGCCCUUCGCGUUCGACUUGCUGCAGAAGAUGGCGUCGCGGAGAGCUUAG